AGUCCACCUACAAGUACUACGACACACUGCCAUCUUAACAGUCACGCACAGGCCAACUGUUGACAUAAUACUAACCACGCCAGACCCCGAAAACUUGUUCACACGUUCAAGCUUAUGAACCAGACUCACAAGAUGGGAGACGCUGGAGACACCAUGGCCACGAAGCCAGUAUUGUUCUUCGACAUCGACAACUGUCUAUACCCGAGGAGUACCAGGGUUUUCGAGCUCAUGGCUGAUCUGAUCGACAAGUACUUCUCGACUCAUCUUGGCCUAGCUCAUGAAGACGCUGUAAGACUGCACCGGGAAUACUACACCAACUACGGCCUGGCCAUAGAAGGACUAGUUCGACACCACGAGAUUGAUCCUCUUGACUACAACGCCAAGGUGGACGACGCGCUUCCACUCGAAGACAUCAUCAAGCCAGAUGCCGAGCUGCGCCAACUCCUCGAGUCUAUUGAUAGGAGCAAAGUCCGAGUAUGGCUUCUGACGAAUGCCUAUGUGACACAUGGAAAGCGUGUUGUCAAGUUGCUAGGCAUAGAUGACCAAUUCGAGGGUCUGACCUUUUGCGACUAUGCUCAGGUGCCAUUCCUGUGCAAGCCUCAGCGCGGCAUGUAUGACAAGGCCAUGAAGGAAGCAGGGGUACAAGGCUACGAGAAUUGCUACUUUGUCGAUGACUCGUAUCAGAACUGCGUUGCGGCGAAAGACGUGGGGUGGAACGUCGCCCACCUCGUGGAGGAGGGAUUGCCGCUUCCUGAGAAGCAGGCAUCACAGCACCAGAUCCGACACUUGCGCGAAUUGCGCGACGUGUUUCCACAGUUCUUCAGGGCAACUUGAGCCUGGUGAAAACAAGACAGAUCUUAAUAGAAUAUAGACGAUGUAAU